UACGUCUGUCAAAAUGGUCAAAAUCGUCACAAUCGUAUACUCCAGGCCCUCCAGACGCUCCAGACCUUAGGCUGUAUAGAGGAUUGGGUAGGACGUAAUGAAAUUCUGCUUAAUAUUCGGAGAUUGAUGUAAAUUAGCACCCAAAAUGCCACGCGAAAUCAUAUUUCGUGAGCAGUAUGGAACACUUGGUGACAAAAUAGUUUAUAUAAAAGCACCAGAACAAGAUUCAGUUGUGCAACUGGGUUCAUCAGCAACUUUGUCUACACCAUUCUCUGAAAGAUUUGUGCAAUUUUUUCGUCAGGUAUUUUUGCCCCAAGGAUAUCCAAGGAGUGUUAGUGAUGAUUACUACAGAUACCAACUCUGGGAUACAUUGCAAGCAUUUUGCAGUACCAUUACGGGCACCCUUACCACACAGGCUGUCAUGAAGGGUGUUGGAGUUGGAGACAGUGCUGCCACUCCCUUUGCUGCAGCAAUUACAUGGAUUCUGAAAGAUGGAACUGGAAUGAUUGGAAGAAUAGCGUUUGCCUGGUUUGAGGGCACUUGUUUGGAUGGAGACUGCAAGAAAUGGCGCCUCUUUGCUGAUGUUCUAAAUGAUAUGGCAAUGGGAUUGGAGCUUCUCCUACCACUGUUGUCAUCAUAUUCAACACACAUUCUCUGCAUUACAACAACAAUGAAGUCCAUUGUUGGUGUAGCUGGAGGUGCUACAAGAGCAGCUAUAACCCAACACCAGGCGAUCAGAAACAAUAUGGCAGAUGUUUCAGCAAAGGAUGGGAGUCAAGAAACGUUUGUCAACUUAUGUGCAUCUCUUGUGGGCAUCAUCAUUUUGGCCACCUUUAAUGAAGGAGAGUUUGUUUGGCAACUGUUCACCAUCUUCACUGUUAUCCACCUAUAUGCCAACUACCAAGCAGUACUGUCUCUCAAGAUGGUAACAUUAAACAAAGCGCGUCUUAUUUUGUUGCUUCAAACAUACCUUGGCACAAAUAUGGCUUCUUCACCUGAAGUUAUCAACAGAAAUGAAACAGUAGUAUUGGGAACAGGAAUGUCUGAUCCAGACUUGUGUGGAUUCCAGAUCAUACUGGGGGCUUCAUUACAGAAUGUCAUGGCUUAUAGUAAGGUAUCUGCUGAAGAUAUUAAGCUAUUAGCCAGUUUCUAUCAUUCAAAGAAGUACCUGAUAGUAGUUGACACUAGAGGCAAGAGAAUGUUUGUGACUUUUUUAGAAGGAGAGAGAGCAGUUGACGUGAUUCAAGGAUAUUUCCAUGCAGUGAUGUUGGGCAUUGCGAUAUGUAUAACCAGGGAGCAUCCACUGAUGGUGCUAAGUAAACCACAGAGUGACUCAUCACAUAUAGCGUGUCCUGUUCACCACCUACAAGAAGCACUGGUGAGAUUGAGCACAACCAAUGAAGUUUCCAGAAACAAGAGAAUUCCUGUGGUACCCAUGAUGGCUACAGAUUAUACAGUCUCAAAGGAAUUUCCAGAAUUUCUAGAAAGCAUACAGAAACAAGGCUGGAAUAUAGAAAGUCACCAUAUUACAGUUGAUGAAUGGAGAGGCGAAUGGAGAGACUUGGACAAGCAAAACUGAUUUGAUUUAGAUGAGAUGGAACUAAUUACACACAAAAAUGUCUCAUUCUAAUUUCCAAAGAGCUGUUCUCAUGUCAGCUGAAGCCCGGCAAGUUCAUACUGUGUAAAAUGAAAAGGUAGCAGAACUUCAUGCAAGAACCACUGUUCAUAAUCAAAUCAUUAUAACACUGUUAACAGCAACCAGGUACCAGACAGAAAAAUAAACUCUUUAAUAAAAAUAUUUUAUUUUAUUGGGCUUCACUACCAAAACUUACAACCUAAAUACCAUUGCAGUCUGUAAUGAUUAUUAAAGAAUGCAAUUUAUAAUCUGUAAUGUACUUAUAAUUAAUUUUACGUACAGUUUCAUAUAUAUAUAACAUGUGUAUAUUCUCUUAUCGAAGAUAGGCACGCUUAACUUUAUGUCUACCUACGUUAUCUACUAAUUCUCAGUUCACAUAUUUAGACUUGUCUGAAAUAAAAAAAUAUAUGUACACAAGCUUACAUACUGUAUCCCAUGAAAAUGUACAAUUAAAUUUCCUUAAAAACAAAAUAAAUUUUAUUUUGUUACA